AUGUGUUUUCAAGCAUAUGGCGGAGUGAUGACAUUACAGCCAACAACUGGAAGGGGCGGCGAAGACAAAGUGGAAUGGCAGUUGGGUCGUGACCGGAUUUCAGUAAUACCCUACAAGCUUUAUCCCGACAGAGUUGUCGAUCUUCG